AUGUCUCUCGCCUCCGCUUCCAACUCCGUCCUGCGCGCCUGCGCUCGGCAACAACUCACCACUCCUCGCGCCGCCAUCGCCUCCUGCCAGCAGCGGAGGGGAGUCUCCAACGCCAGAUCCAGCUUCGCUAGCCCCUUCACCCCCGCCGCGGACUAUGACCAGACCGUGAAGAUCCCCGACUUCAGCAAAUACUCCUCCAAGAAGGGCCCCCGCUCCAACCAGAUCUUCUCCUACUUCAUGGCUGGUUCCCUCGGUCUGGCCUCUGCCGUCGGUGCUAAGGCUACCGUUCAGGACUUCCUGGUCAACAUGUCCGCCUCUGCCGACGUCCUCGCCCAGGCUAAGGUUGAGAUCGGUCUUGCCGCUAUCCCUGAGGGCAAGAACGUUAUCAUCAAGUGGCGUGGAAAGCCCGUCUUCAUCCGUCACCGUACCCAGGAUGAGAUCGAGGAGGCCCAGAAGACUGAGUGGCAGUCUCUCCGUGACCCCCAGGCUGAUGAGGACCGUGUCCAGAAGGCUGAGUGGCUUGUCAUGCUUGGUGUCUGCACCCACUUGGGUUGUGUCCCCAUCGGUGAAUCCGGUGACUUUGGCGGCUGGUUCUGCCCCUGCCACGGUUCCCACUACGACAUCUCCGGCCGUAUAAGAAAGGGUCCCGCUCCCCUCAACCUCGAGGUUCCCCAGUACAGCUUCCCCUCCGAGGACACCCUCGUCAUCGGUUAA